AUGUUACAGCAUGAGGAUGUUCCUCAUGUGUCUGAUGCCACCCCAGAGAUGACAGGCGCCGCCGAUGCUGUUCAGACAGAGGGAGUGGCUAUUGAUGGGAGCUUGGGGUCACCUGUUGCAGAUGAGGGAUUCCCCAGUGGACCACGCGACCCAUCGAUUUUGACCGAUUUUGCUGAGCAUGCCGCACACAGCAUCUGGAGUGGACAGGAACGACCCGAUCCGAAGUUGGUCUCCCACGGUAGAAAAGUAGAUAAAAUUGGGAGACCAACGCCUGAGAUCGAAGGGUUGAUUGCUGACACCGGAUUGAGUCCACUGAUCAGGUGUUCUGUUAUCACCACUGAUCCUGGACUCAUAUCCGCCUUCAUCGAAAGGUGGCAUCGCGAGACUAGCACGUUCCACCUGCCAGUAGGCGAGUUGACGAUCACGUUGGAUGGCGUGGCGUCACUCCUACACGUUCCCAUCACUGGCGCGUUGCAUACGUUCGAGCCGCUGGUUACUUCAGACGCCAUUGGUCUACUGAUGGAGCUUCUUGAGGUCAAUCAUGAGGAGCUUACAUUUGAGACCCGACAGGCUGGUGGGCCUCAUGUCCGAUUGGGGUGGCUUCGGGACUUGUAUGAGAGCCAGUGCAGGGCCAGACGAUGGGUUGUAGCAGCCUGCACGUAUCUGCUCCACUUGGUGGGUUGUACUCUUUUCACCAACAAGAGUUCAACCCAUGUACAUGUCAUGCACCUGGAGGCUUUCAGGGACCUGGCCCGGGCAGGGGGAUUCGCUUGGGGAGCAGCUGUAUUAGUCCACAUGUACGAGCAUCUGAACGACGCAUCGCAGUGCUGGAUAUACGAGCACUUUCCUACAGAGCAUACAUCCGUCGUUCAUGAUGCUUAUGAUAAGGGGAGCCCACAGGCAUGCAAAUGGCUUACGGGUAAGGCUCAUAUGACGGGGAUCAAGGGAGACCCGUAUCAGAGACGUUUGGAUGCCCUGACUGUGACUGACAUGUGCUGGAUGCCCUAUGGUGAGCACCGGGGAGUCAAGGGCUUUGACUUGAUAUCGUCGUACAUCGGCCAGCUCAGAUGGGGUCAGAUUGUGGUGUACGUGGCGUCAGACUACAUGGAGUGGUUUUUUCGGAUAUCGCACCCAUUUAUCACGCGGACCGAGGAGACUGUUGCACCGAGACAUCCGCCUCCCCCUCAUUAUGAGGAGUUCGUCGAGCCACCCAUCCCCGAGGUUUCAGUCGUGACCGAUCUCCCUACGCAUUUAGUGGUUCACUGCAAAGGAUGUCAAGGGAUGGCUGAGGAUUUAGGAGCGAUUGCUGAGGAUUUUGAGCGGGUCAUCAACCUCAGGAUGGUCAUUGAGGGCAUUGACUUACAUGACAUCAUGACUCGCUGUCUGAAGAGAGUUAGAGGUAACGUCACAGAUGGAAGUCUUAGGCUGCGCCAGAGACGCCGCAUAGAUUAG